AUGCGUCAAAUCACUAAAGAUUUUCGUACUCAAACAAUGACGCUACAUAUUCAAUCUGCUGCUCGAGAAUACGAAGUAAUAUUACAUCAAGUCAAUAGCAUCAUCGAAAAAUUUCCUCAAAAAAAUGAUGAUGAUGAAUCUGAUGCUGAAAUUGGUUAUGCAGCAUUUAAACAAUAUCACGAACUACGUGAAAAAAGAUUAAAUUUAGAAAUUGAAAAAUCACUUUAUUUUUUAGAAGAAAAGCGAGUCGAGGGCAACUCCAAAGAUCAAAAGGAAAAUACAAUAAUAGAAGAAGAAAUAAUAGCCCCGACU